UGUCAGUGUGUUGAUUGGAUCUCAGUAACCGUCCAUCACUCACUGACCCUCUCACACAACUAACAGUCCACUCUUGUUCUCGCUUUCAGCCACAUUUACUGUGUUUUCUGUCGCUGUGUGUUGUGGAAGAUAAAGAUGUUCAGAACUAUAUACAAGCAGGCGAAGAAACAUCCCGGGCUCAUGCCUCAGUUCCUCUUCAUGUUUGUUGGAGUGAGUGGAGCGUUUCUCUAUCUGAUCCGGCUGGCUCGUGGACCUUACAUCAGCUGGGACAGGAAGAAUAACCCUGAACCGUGGAACAAUCUCGCCCCGACCUAUCAGUACAAGUUGGUGGCCGUCACCACAGACUACGAGAGUCUGAAGAAAGAAGGACCUGACUUUUAAAAGACCUCAGCAGAACCGCAGGCGCACACACACACACACACACACACACACACACACACACACACACACACACACACACACAUAUAUAUACAAUUAUAUUUAUUAAAUAAGGAUCAAAGAUGAGGCAUGUCAACAUCAAAUUACACACGUUUUGAUUUGAGUUUCAUAAUUUACAUUUUACAUACACAGAAAGAUUGUUAAAUGUUUAAAAAGUGUUCAAUGUUUCAAGUAACUUGUGAAAAUAAAAUACUAAAAUAUGAGUGUAAUUAUGUGCCAUCAUUUAGCGUAACAUAUAUAUUUAUGUAAAGAAUAUACUUAUUCUAACCUGAAUGAAUUAGAUCUAUAAUAGACUGUCUUUUAACUCGUCCACCAUCUGGUAUUUGGUUUUCCACAGAUUUCACCGUAAGUCAUUCUAGUUGUUUCCUGGUGUGUUUCUGUGCUGCUCCAUGGAAAGGUCUGAGACACUAAAGACGUGUUUUUUAAGCAUUAAAGGAACCGUUCUGUC